AUGAGCUCGUACCGGCCACGGCUCACACCGCUCCCCGGCCCCGGAAGGGGCACGGCACGGCACGGCACAGCGCGGCGCCACCCCCUUCUCCCUCUGCCCGCAGGGACCAUUGGCGCAAAGCAGCGGGAUGGAAGCAGCGCUCCGCCAGCUGCCUGCCCCGCGCUUCCCCGGGAAAGGCGACGGCUGCUUACCGGAUCUCGCAUCCGUGUGAGCGGCUCCGGCGGCCGGUUCUGGAGACAAAGCGAGGGGCUCCCGCGGCCCUGCGGGGGGCCUAGGGGAGCGGGCAGGAGCGGCCGGGCGGCCCGGGCCUCCGCCGCCGGGACUCGGUGCCGUGGGCACGCCGCUCAGGACCGGGCAGGUGCCGGCGGCACGGCGGUGAGGAGCCGAGCGGAGCGCCCUGCGCCGCCGCAGCCGGCCCGGGUUACGGUGCGGGGCGAAGGGAGGAGCCUGCGCGGCGCCGGGGCGAGCGGCGUGGCCGCGGUCCGCUCUGCACCGCGGGGUCCCCAGCCGCCACAACCCAACGACCGCGGGCGCCGCCGCGUGCCCGGGGCUGCGGCUGCAUCCCAACGACUGCCCGGGAGGGCGAGGGGAGCGCGAAGGCCCGUGCACAUCCGCGGGUGUCCCAAGCACCUCACCCGCGCGCCUGUGUCGGCCCAGCCAUUCCAGUCCAUAGGUGCUAGGUACCGGGGCCAGCGUGCCGCACCUGAGCUAACCUGAACGCCAGUGCGGCUGACUGAGGGGGAACACAGCACUGUUGCUAAGGAAGAAUUGUCAGCCUGGAAUGAUCUGCAACAUUAUACCUACUUUCACCAGAGAUGUGUGAUACCAUUUGUGAUACUG